AUGGUUUCGACGAGGCAGAUGAGUAGUAUUGGAAGCAAUAAUGGGAGUGGCGAUGGUGCUGGCCCAUCUCAUGCAGAGCCGGUGACGGUGUCCCGUGUGACACGGCACUCGAGCGCCUUGCUCCCGGGGGGCACUUCUCCGCAUGCCGGUUCUUCUAAAAAUACACUAGUACUGGCACCUAAAACAUUUACUACGAAUUUUCUUGAUUUGCCAGUGGAACUUGUAGAAAAGAUUUUGCGCUAUUUGGGAUUCAAAACCGUAUCACAACUAAGAAUGGUCAACAGGCAGUUCAACACAAUUUGCAGUAGUUUAUUGAACUCGACAUUCCAACGCUUACAAAAUCAGAUGUUGCAUAGAUUUCAAUCAAUAAAGGCUAAAAUGCCUAGAAGGGAGUCUGCCCGUCGAAGCCAUCCUUUGGCCUGUGAGUCAGAUAUCAUUGAAACAUUGCAUAUGAGACUGAGUCUACUGCAAAUGACAUUUGGGAAACAUAUUGAGAGGAAACAUUGUUGUUUUUUUCCUGGAGAGAUAUUGGAUGAAGUGUACAGUAUUUUAUCAUAUUUGAAAACUACCACAAAGUUGGCCAGACCUUAUAAAGUAACAGAUGAGUUGUUUGAUUUGACUACAAUGGCUAUGGAAUAUUUUAAAGAGCACAUUGAACCUAACUUGCCUGAAAUAACUUAUUUUGGUACGGAUUUCUUCGACAUUACUACUGCUUUUUCACCUGGUGAGAGCAGUAAAUCUUACAUCUGUCUGGAUUCCCCUCCGCCAAGCGGGUUCGAGUCCGGGUCGCAACAGGCUGGGGGUAGUUCAACCGGAGAACACCAUGUCUCUCCCAUGAACAUGUAUAUGGAGGAGAGUCUACCUCCCUCCCCGCCGCCGCCACAAAGCAACAUGGUCUUAAGAAAACGGAUACAUCGCAUCAAACAGGGCAUGAAAAAGUACAAUGAUCAACUUUCCGCAUUGCGUAGUGAUUUACGUAGCUGCAAACGCAAGACCGCCCUGCAACAGAAACAGAUAGCGGAACAACAGAAACAGAUCGCAGAACAACAAAAACAAACGCUAGAAUAUGCAAAUCGUCUUGACGAUUAUGACAAGAAAAAUGAGGAGACAAGUCGUAAAUUUCAAACUCUAUUACAGGAGUUGAAUAAAUGCAAGACGGAGCUGCAGUACUGGCGGUCGCGGUCGCCGGCCGUGCCGCCGCUGUGCGCCGAGUGCGGCGCCGCGCUGCGCCUGUCGCCCGUCGCCGCGCUCGCACAGUGGGCUGCUAACAGCAAUGUGGAGACAAAUGAGGUAGAAACCGCUGGUGGAAGUAAAGAAGCUGCCACAUUCCCAGCUGGAGUACCAACUACAGCAACAGUAGCGGAACCGGAACCUGCCACAGAGAUUCCGUCUCGCAAUGAGCACAAAUCGGAAGCUAGCAGCGGAGAGGAGAGUUCAACUCACACUCCACCGACUCGCCGCCGUGCCUCUGCCGAUGCUGCUUCAGCUUCUGUAACGCCUGAUCGCAAGAAACGCCGUCUAACGCGCCCUAGGAAACUUUGA